AUGGAGACUAAUGUAGAAAGUAUGAGACAGCAGCAGCAGCAGCAGCGGGCCUCGUCGCCGGCUGGCCUCAAAGACAGCGGAACCAAAGCAGCACAGAAGGGCAGCGCCUCCUCAAAGACCACGACGUCUAAACAAGGAACGGGGGGAGGCGGCAGAAACAGCCGAGGUCACUCACCCGUUUGUACUGCGACGGGGAAAGAGAGACAGGCUGGGGUCUGUGCCUCGAAAGGUGCGGCCGCUGUCCAGCCGGGCGGUGCUGAAAGCAGGGCGGGGGCGGGGGCGGCGGCGUCGGCGUCGGCGGCGUCUGACACUACGCGAGGUGAGCAGAGCCGCGUCGUCUCCGACCAGCCCUGCUCCUCCAAAUCCCCCAAGCUGAGGAGCAAACAACCCAAAGGAGCCGAGGCCACGACGAGCGGGAAGAAGAGCUCCAAAGGCACAGUGGGCUGCGGACCCGGAUUCUGGAAGGAGGGAUGCCUGCAGUCUGAGCUGAUCCAGUUUCACCUGAACAAGAGUCUGGGGAAGAAAGGGACCAAGAUGCAGACGAAGUCAGCAUCUCCGCCGACCUCGGACCAGGAGCUGUCCCCCGAGCCCGAGGCGCCGCAUCCGGCUCCACACCCAGACCAGAGGCUUCAGGAGGAGAUAGAGCAACUGGAGGAUGAAAACGAUGAUCUAAAGAAUGAGAUCGAGGAGAUGCGGGCGGAAAUGGAUGAAAUGCGUGACACGUUCUACGAGGAGGACGCAUGCCAGCUACAGGACAUGCGGCGCGAGCUGGAGAGAGCCAAUAAGAACUGUCGGAUCCUCCAGUAUCGCCUGAGGAAGGCUGAGAGGAAGAGGAUGCGCUUCGCAGAGACCGGCGAGGUGGACGGAGAGCUGCUCAGGAGCCUGGAACAAGACCUGAAAGUUGCAAAGGAUGUGUCAGUCCGUCUGCAUCACGAGCUGGAGAGUGUGGAGGAGAAGAGGACCAAGACUGAGGAGGAGAAUGAGAAGCUGAGGCAGCAGCUGAUAGAGGUGGAAGUCACUAAGCAGGCCCUGCAGAAUGAACUGGAGAAAGCCAAAGAGCUAUCCCUAAAAAGAAAAGGAAGCAAGGAUGGACAGAGAGCAGAGAGGAGGACACCACAGACUCCAACUGAGGAGGAAAACGAUGACCUGAAAUGCCAGCUGGCCUUCAUCAAGGAGGAGGCCAUCCUGAUGAGGAAAAAAAUGGCCAAGAUCGACAAAGAGAAAGACCGCCUGGAGCAGGAGCUACAGAAGUAUCGCUCUUUCUAUGGGGACGUGGACAGCCCACUGCCGAAAGGAGAAGCAGGAGGACCCCCGACCACCCGGGAGUCGGAGCUGAAGCUGCGCUUACGCCUGGUGGAAGAAGAGGCAAACAUCCUGGGGAGGAAGAUUGUGGAGCUGGAGGUGGAGAACAGGGGGUUGAAGGCUGAGCUGGAUGACAUGAGGGAGGACAGCCUGGCGGCAGCGGGAGCAGGUGGUGCUGGAGGUGGGGGUUACCAGUCCAGGGAGCAAGGAGAGGCCCUAUCGGAGCUGAGGCAGCAGCUCCAGCUGGUGGAGGAUGAGGCCGAACUUCUCCGCAGGAAUUUGGCAGACGUGGAGGAGGAAAAUAAAAAGGUGACAAGUGAGCUUAACAAACUGAAAUACAAGGCUGGCUCCCAUGAAUCUGGGUCACGACACGGAGGAGGUGGAGCGGACCCCGCCAAGGUGGAAGCCCUCCAGGAGGAGCUGAAGGCAGCGCGCCUGCAGAUCAACGAGCUGAGUGGUAAAGUCAUGCAGCUUCAGUAUGAGAACCGCGUGCUGCUCUCCAACAUGCAGCGCUAUGACCUGGCCUCCCACCUGGGGAUCCGCGCCAGCCCGCGGGACAGCGACGCUGAAAGCGACGGAGGCCGGGACGACGACACGCCCUCGGCAUCUGCCAACUCCCCUCGCCUCCUUCCGCCCCACCGCAAGCGCGAGGGUCCCAUUGGAGGGGAGAGCGAUUCGGAUGAGGUGAGAAACAUCCGCUGCCUCACCCCGACACGCUCCCUUUACUCUCCCGUGGACAGCCGUUUUUUAUCCAGAAGCCUGAAGGACCGGCAGCAGAUGAUCGACAUCCGAAUCGAGGCGGAGCGGCUGGGCCGGACCAUCGACAGGCUUAUCGCUGACACCAGCACUAUCAUCGCCGAGGCCCGUGUCUAUGUGACCAACGGGGAGCUGUUUGCCAGGUUGGAUGAGGAUGAGGAAGGGAGCAGAAUCAGGGAGCACGAGCUGCUGUACCGUAUCAACGCCCAGCUGAAGGCUUUCAGGAAGGAGCUGCAGGGGUUUAUAGACCGGCUGGAUGUUCCCAAGCCAGAGGAUAAAAACGCAGAGGAACCACUCUCUAUGUUUCAGCCCAUUAUUUUGCUGAUUCUCAUUCUUGUUCUGUUUUCUUCGCUUUCUUAUGCCACCAUUUUUAAAUUGGUAUUCCUUUUCACCCUGUUCUUUGUCCUGUAA